GUUUAGGUUUGGCCUAUUUUGUGUACUGUAACUCAUUUGCGUAGGUUUUCUUCUUCCAAGCUCCAAAGAUCAAGACUUUAAGCUAAAGAUGCCGUCUCUCCAGAUUGCCUUGCCACCUGAACUUGCCGAUAAUGCAAUCCGACUUUUUCGUGAAUGCCUUCGGAGAGCGAAAUUCAUUGGCCGCCGGCAACAUAAUACAGAACUUCUUAUGGAUAUGGUCAGACAGCAGUUUCGAAAGCAUAUGCAUGAAACGGAUCCGGAGAAGAUUCUUCAACUUAAGGAUGAUGCGGCCAGGGGACUUAUAAAUCACAUGCUAUAUGAAUCUGAAAAGACAUCCGGUCGUAAAUUCAGCAAGGCUUAGUCAUGAAACCCGAAGUGCCCGAAGCAUGGGAAUUCAACUCUAUUCAGUGCUUGAAUUCUUGGCAGUUACAAAUAACAGAGAUGAGCCACAAGCUCUGUCCAUGUUUCUUUUAUAAAUUAGGAGGUGUUAAUGUUCUUGAUUGCAAAUUACAUGUCAAAAAAGUACAUUGUGCCCCUUCCAUCAAGAAUCUUUCUAAAGAAAGGUGGAAUGGAGAUUUGAGUUAGAGAUUUUAUUUUCUUCUGAAAAUGGUCUGGUCAUUAAGACUUGAACUCAUCAUUCAGAGAUUAUUGUAAUUCAUCCAGACAUUAUUUUACCUCAUUUGAUAUUUGUUUGAA